CAAAUUGGACUAAGUUUUGACUAAAUUUUGCCUUCAAAGUGUUAUCUCUGAUGGCAUCCAUGCAAAUGCCGGAACAAGGUUUAAUCACCCAAAAAAAAAUUGCAGAACAAGAACCUCCGGAGCAGGCCAAACUGAUUUUAGCGAGUGAUGCCUCUCUUGUUCGUUCUCUUAUUCAUGUCAUUCUCUCAUGCCGUUGGACGGGAUACUAUAACACCAGCACAACCACUCACCAGUAAUGAGACUCUUAUAUCAUCUAACGAAAAGUUUGCUCUGGGUUUCUUCAAGCCGGUCAAUUCCAACAAAAGUUAUGUAGGUCUAUGGUACAAUAAGAUCAGCAAAAGAACCAUAGUAUGGGUCGCCAACCGCAAAGAUCCAGUCACCACCUCCACUGGAACUCUGUCCAUCUCAGACAAUGGAAGCCUCCUCAUCACAGAUCAAAAUUCCACCGUUGUGUGGUCAUCUGGUGUUGCCAACGUGACCAAUCCGGUUGCACAGCUCUUGAACACGGGAAACCUGGUGGUCAGAGAAGACGAGGGCGACGACGGGAAUUACUCAUGGCAGGGCUUCGAUUACCCCACGGACACAUUAAUUGCCGGCAUGAAGGUGGGCGUGGACUUUGUGAAAGGCCUUAACCGGACUAUGACUGCAUGGACCAGUGACUCGGAUCCAUCUCCUUCUCAGUACUAUGCCAUGAUGGACAUCCACGGUGACCCGCAACUGCUCCUUUGUGCUGGUUCGAAGAAGCUGGGCCGCACCGGACCCUGGAACGGGUACCAGUUCACUGGCCUCCCCACAAGCGCAACACGUACAUACACUGGGUUCGAUGUCAGCUUCAUCAACAACAAGCAGGAGAUCACCUACUCUUUCAAUACCAAUCUUCCUAUUUUGUCCAAGAUGACUGUGAACCAGUCUGGUUUAGUGCAACGGUCGAUAUGGGAGGAGAGCAGUGGGUUCUGGAACGAGAUCUGGCACGCUCCAGUGGACCAGUGCGACAGCAUUCAGGCAUGCGGUCCUUUCACCAUCUGCAACCCAAAUAACUUGCCAAUCUGUGACUGCUUACAGGGAUUCACUCCCAAAUCUCCAGAGAAAUGGUAUUACACGGACGCGAGCGAUGGAUGCGUCCGUAAAACACAAUUGGACUGUAAAGACGGGACAGAUGGGUUCCUGGUCAUUCCUUAUACGAAGCUGGCGGAUACUACCAAAGCGAAUGUGGACACGAGUUUGAGUUUGGAGGAGUGCAGGACCAAAUGCUUGAAUAAUUGCACUUGCACUGCUUAUGCUCCGUCAACGGAUGUUGACAACGGUAAAAGUGGGUGUAUAACUUGGACGGACGAACUCAGGGAUGUUAAGUUGUUCACCAACGAUGCCCAUGUGCAAGAUUUCUAUGUCCGGAUUGCUGCUGCUGAUCUAGAUUCAGCGCCAUCAGCAUUCAGUAAGAGCAGGAAAUGGGUGAUUCCCUUUGUGAUAAUCUUUGUUGUGACGAUGCUAAUCCUUGCAUUUGUUGGCUAUAUUGUAUGGAAAAGAAGGAAGACAAGAAGAGCAAGAGCCAUACAGGAGAGUAAGAAUUCCUUCCAUGACCCUGGCAGCAGAGGACUUGCUGCAAGGAAUGCCCUGGAACUCUCUCAAGGGAGUGACCUUGAGCUACCUCUGCUAGACUUGGGCACUAUUGCAUCUGCAACAGAAAACUUCUCUGCUGACAAUAAACUUGGGGAGGGCGGCUUUGGACCUGUUUAUAAAGGGAUGCUAGAGGAUGGAAAAGAAAUAGCAGUGAAGAGACUUGCUAAAACAUCAUCACAAGGCCUGGUUGAGUUCAAGAACGAGGUUUUGUUAAUUGCCAAACUUCAACACCGAAAUCUUGUUCGGCUUCUUGCCUGCUGCAUUGAAGCAGAGGAAAGAAUCCUGGUUUAUGAGUAUAUGCCCAACAAAAGCCUGGACUUCUUUCUUUUUGCAAAAUCAAAAGAUGAAGUGUUGAAUUGGCAAACACGUUUCAAAAUUAUUAUGGGAAUUGCACGAGGACUGCUAUAUCUGCAUCAAGACUCUAGAUUAAGAGUUAUCCAUAGAGACCUCAAAGCCAGCAAUAUCCUCCUUGAUAAAGAAAUGAAUCCUAAGAUUUCAGACUUUGGUAUGGCAAGAAUUUUUGGUGGAGAUGAGGCAGAGGGAAAUACCAAGAAAGUUGUUGGUACAUAUGGAUACAUGUCUCCAGAGUAUGCUAUGGAUGGAAUUUUCUCUCAAAAAUCCGAUGCGUUUAGUUUUGGGGUGUUGGUGCUGGAAAUUAUCAGUGGCAAGAAAAACAAAGGGGUGUAUUCAGCUGCACCUCACAAAAACCUUUUGGAUCAUGUUUGGAGUUUAUUUAAGGAGGGAAACAACUUGCAAAUUGUUGAUGAAUCACUGGGCUCCUCUUAUGACGUGAAUGAAGUCAUGAGAUGCAUUAAUGUGGGUCUUCUAUGUGUGCAAGAUCACCCAGGAGAUAGGCCUCUGAUGUCUUCCGUACUUCUUAUGCUGGGCUCUGACAGAGCAAUAUUGCCUUAUCCUAAGGAACCCGGAUUCAGUGUGAGGAAUGUUUCGUAUCAAAUGGAGUCAGGUUCAAGUAAAGCAAGCUCAAGUGCAGCGUGUGAUACGUCAGCCACACUGAUUGAACCUCGAUAAUGAUGGCGCCAUUUUGCAAUGUUUUGCCCAAAAAUUUCUGCUGUUGUUACUAUUACAGUAUUACUGUCUUCGGUUCUUUUUAAAACAGUUCUAUUAAUAUCUUAUAUGGAGGCGUAAGAACCUGCUUUACUUAAAUGUAGACAGUGCUGCUGAUGUAGGAAAAAAAUUA